UCACUGCUGGCCACUGACUGGAGGCACUGCUAGGCAUUGACUGGGGCAACUGAUGGGCACUGACUGGCACAACCGCUGGGCACUGACUGGUGGUGCUGACUGGCAGCACUGUAUUGAUGGGCACAGGUGGGUGGCCCUGGUGGGCACAGGUGGGUGGCACUGGUGGGCACAGGUAGGUGGCACUGGUGGGCACAGGUGGGUGGCACUGCUGGGUACUGGUGGGUGGCACUGGUGGGCGGCACUGCUGGGCAGAGGUGGGAUGAACUGGUGGGUGGCACUGCUGGGCACCGAUCAUCAGGGCACUGAUCAUCAGUGUCCUGAUGAUCGGUGCCAAUCCCUGCUCUGACAACUGCCGGUUUUCGGCAGUACUUUCCUUUACAGCAUGAGGAAAGUGCAGCCGAGAACCGGCAAUUGCAU